UAUCCUAGAAACUAGCACCAAUAGACUUAAUAAGAGAAAAAUACUUAAAAAUACGAGUCAAGUAGCCAUAGACCACUGUUAAACUAGAGAGGCGGAAGAAUCAUUUAUUCCAGUCGGUCGCGGGGGAUUUCUGGGAAGCGGGAGGACCGGCGGUUGCUGUUCUGCGCAGUGCGCUCUGGGACGCUGGAGGACCGAGGAGUUAUAUUUAUCGGCAGAAAAAUGGACGUGUUUUUGAUGAUUCGUCGUGACAAGACGACCAUUUUCACCGAUGCGAAGGAGUCCACGACGGUGUACGAGCUGAAACGCAUCGUCGAGGGGAUCCUGAAGAGAGCGCCCGAGGACCAGCGGCUCUACAAGGAUGACCAGUUGCUUGAUGACAGUAAGACUCUGGGCGACUGCGGCUUCACCAGCCAGACCGCCAGACCACAAGCUCCGGCCACCGUGGGCCUGGCCUUCAGAAUCAACGACGAUGCGUUUGAGCCGCUCCGAGUGGAUUCGUUCUCCAGCCCCCCGGAGCUCCCAGACGUCAUGAAGCCGCAGGAUUCUGGGAGCAGCGCAAAUGAUCAGGCCGUGCAGUGAAGGAGGAGGAAGAAAACGAGGGAACGAGAGAGAGAGAGAGAGAGAGAGUGUGUGUGUGUGGGCAACACACAUCUUCAGACCCACCUACCUACCAUCCCUCCCUCCCUCCUCACACACACACACACUCUCGUAUAUAGCAGUGCACUGAUACUAGCUAUCGGUCUAUAGCAAGUUUUUACAACUGUGGUGUGUUAAGGAAUUUUUCGUUUUUUUUUUUGUUGGUAUAUAUAUUUUUUUGUACAUUUUUUUUUUUUUUUUGGCUUU